AGACUGCAAAUCACUCCUGUUUGGACGUGGGGGGGGAAAAGGGGGGAGGGAAGAAGCCAAGAGGAUCUCCAUCCGCCCAGGGUGUUGCUGCUUACCUUUCCCGGCGUACGCGCGCCGCGUGUCUCCCUCUCGCUCGCUCUCCAGCAGCCCGCCCGCUUCCUGCGCUGGUGAAGAAAGGCAGGAGAGGAGAGGAGGCGAAGAAGCCCGAGAGAGAGGAAGAACAGAAAAGAACAGAAAAGAAAGCUUUGGCUGGAGGAAAAGGAAAAGAAGGAGGAAAGCCAUCAGGAAAGAGCGCGCGGGAGACAGCAAACUUGCCGCUCUCUGGUCACUGGAAAAUGACACUUGAUGUAGCCAAGGGCGCCGCCGCCGCCGCAGCAGCAAAAGCCGACGCCGCUCCAGUUGAUCCUAUUGUUUCUUAAACUGCCUUCUUUCUUCGGCAAUCCAAAGGGGGUGACUUCGGCACAGAAGGGACCGCGGCUUCCUCCUUCGGCUUUGCGUGUGAUCCCUGCCAGCAAACAAACAAUCGUCAUUUUUUCAAUAAAUAAAUAAAUAAAUAUUGUUUUUGAAAAAGGCCACCCCGUCACACACCCUCGAAAAGGACAAGCCACCAGACAAGCCAAGAGCAUCAGCGGCCCAACCCGGGGGGUGAUUUUUGUCCCCCUUUGGAUUCUUUUCUUCUUGAUCUUCUUCUCCCCUUCAGUGUCUGUGUUUGAUUUUCUCUGAUUUGCUUUGAUUCCAGUAGCCGUUCCAGAGAAAGAAAAGAGAGAGAGAGAAAGAAAAAACUCCCUGGCGAUUUUAUUAUUGUCAACACUAUUCUUUGUUGUGUUUUGUGUUGUUGUUGUUGUUCUAUAUUUUUUUUAAGAAGAAGGGAGGUUUUGCUUGUUUUUAAUUCAUGUUUGGGAUCCAGGAAAGCAUUCAGAGGAGUGGGAGCAGCAUGAAGGAAGAGCCCCUGGGUGCGGGGAUGAACGCGGUCAGGACCUGGAUGCAGGGAGCCGGCGUCCUGGAUGCAAAUACAGCCGCGCAGAGCGGGGUGGGCCUGGCCCGAGCUCAUUUCGAGAAGCAGCCGCCUUCCAAUUUGAGGAAAUCUAACUUCUUCCACUUCGUGCUGGCUCUGUACGACCGGCAGGGGCAGCCGGUGGAGAUCGAGCGCACCGCCUUCGUGGGCUUCGUGGAGAAGGAGAAGGAAGCCAACAGCGAAAAGACCAACAACGGGAUCCAUUACCGGCUGCAGCUCCUGUACAGCAAUGGGAUAAGAACAGAACAGGAUUUUUAUGUCCGCUUAAUCGACUCCAUGACAAAACAAGCGAUAGUAUACGAAGGCCAAGACAAGAACCCAGAAAUGUGCAGAGUUCUGCUCACCCAUGAAAUAAUGUGCAGCCGCUGUUGUGACAAGAAAAGCUGUGGCAACAGAAAUGAGACUCCUUCAGAUCCAGUGAUAAUUGACAGGUUCUUCUUGAAAUUUUUUCUUAAAUGUAACCAGAACUGCCUAAAAAAUGCAGGAAACCCUCGAGACAUGCGGAGAUUUCAGGUUGUGGUAUCUACAACAGUCAAUGUGGAUGGUCAUGUCUUGGCAGUGUCGGAUAACAUGUUUGUACACAACAACUCCAAACAUGGGCGGAGGGCUCGAAGGCUUGAUCCUUCGGAAGGUACGCCUUCUUAUCUGGAACAUGCAGCUACACCAUGUAUCAAAGCCAUCAGUCCAAGUGAAGGAUGGACUACAGGAGGUGCCACUGUCAUCAUCAUAGGAGACAAUUUCUUUGAUGGGUUACAGGUCAUAUUCGGCACCAUGCUGGUCUGGAGUGAGCUUAUUACGCCUCAUGCAAUCAGAGUUCAAACACCACCCCGACACAUCCCUGGUGUGGUAGAAGUUACAUUGUCCUACAAGUCCAAGCAGUUCUGUAAGGGUACACCUGGAAGAUUCAUCUACACAGCUCUGAAUGAACCCACCAUUGACUAUGGUUUCCAAAGGUUACAGAAAGUCAUCCCAAGGCACCCUGGUGACCCUGAACGCUUGCCAAAGGAAGUCAUACUCAAGAGGGCAGCUGAUCUGGUGGAAGCACUCUAUGGUAUGCCACAUAACAACCAGGAAAUAAUCCUGAAAAGAGCAGCUGAUAUAGCAGAAGCACUCUACAGCGUCCCUCGCAAUCAUAACCAACUCCCAGCACUCGCCAACACGUCAGUCCAUGCAGGAAUGAUGGGUGUGAAUUCAUUUAGUGGUCAGUUAGCAGUCAAUGUCUCAGAAUCCUCACAGGCCACUAAUCAGGGUUUUACUCGCAACUCAAGCAGUGUGUCACCUCAUGGUUAUGUGCCAAGCACUACCCCUCAGCAGACAAAUUACAACUCCGUCACGACAAGCAUGAAUGGCUACGGAAAUGCUGGAAUGUCCAAUUUAGGGGGAUCUCCAACCUUCUUGAAUGGGUCUGCUGCCAACUCUCCCUAUGCCAUCGUGCCAUCCAGCCCAACAAUGGCCUCCUCCACUAGUCUCCCUUCUAACUGUAGCAGCUCCUCUGGGAUCUUCUCCUUCUCACCAGCCAACAUGGUCUCAGCAGUGAAACAGAAGAGUGCUUUUGCCCCUGUUGUUAGACCACAGACUUCCCCUCCCCCCACCUGUACCAGCACCAAUGGGAAUAGCCUCCAAGCUAUAUCUGGCAUGAUAGUUCCCCCCAUGUGAAAGAAUUGCCUUGAAGAAUUUUACUAUUGAAGAAGUUGGAUUCUGCUUCGGAACAAAGUCUGACACAAGUCCCAGAGCGGAACUUUUAACUCAGGCCUUUUUUUUUUCUUAUUAAGAAAAAAAGAAAGAAUCUCAUAAUAACUGCAAUGUUUUUAAACAAAAUAAAAUGGAAAAAAAAAGUCCUUGCAAAAUAAUACUGAAAUUUACCCAGAGUGUGCAAGUGCAAGGUGUUAAUUUGUCCUGUCUAUCCCAGGUAUUUGGGAGAGAGAUUUAUUUUGUGUCAUGAAGAAAAUCCACGUAUGUCUUCUUGGUUUUGGAUUAACUCAGUCACCAUUUGUCUUUUACAAAUCAUAAUGGGAGGAGGGGGUGCCAUCGCUAAAGGCCCGCCUUGAGACUCUCUUCUAAAAGCUGUAAUGAAGGGAAAUUGAGUGUGUCAACACUUAAAAUACGAGUUUGUAUGGAACAGAAGUAGAAGUGCCAGAUAGGGGUUUUUUUUUCCUUAGCGGAGUAAUGGUAGUGCCAGUUAAGGGUUGGCUCAUCUAUGUCACUUCUCCAGUGACAGUUCAUUCAUCUGAUGUUUUGUAUUUUCGAGAAGUGUGUGUGUAGUUCUGUAAGGUGUUUGUGUGUGCUGUACAUACACACACACACACACACACACAUGCAUUCUCUCUCUCUCUCUCUCUCUCUCUCUCCCCCUCUCCCCCCCCACUCAUUGGGAUUCCAUUUUAGAGGCAGUGAGAAUCCCCCCUCCCAUCUUUCUUAGAAUAUUGUACUAAGGUGACUGUGUAAAUAAUGCAAGACAGAAAAUUAGCAAAAGUGUAGCUAUUAAGGACAUGCAUAUCCCACCUGUACCUUGGAAACCUAGUGCCUCUGGAUAUAAUGCUAAAAACUGCAGAAUUAGAUUAGCAUGGCUCUCUCUCUCUAGCUUCUAUCAGUCUUUCCCUAAUGAGUCACCUCCCUAAGUACAGUUGAACCCCAUCUACACAUACAAAUCUCUUUGGGAUCUGGUGUGACAGGAUAAAGGCACAAACUUUAGUAUAUUUAUGCAUAUUCUCAAAGGAAAACUGGGUUUUGUUGUUGUUUUGGGUCAGGGGGAGAGGAAGAAUUCAUCCUGCCAUCCCAGAGAUGGCCGACAAGCACACAUGCACACAAAAUGACAUGUCCAUUUUGAGCGGCAAUUGCUUUUAUAUCAGUCAACCCUUUCAGUUUGCAGCAUAAUCCCUUAAGCAACAGGUAGUGAUGUUUUUGAUAGAAAAUUAAAAUAUGAAAAAGGGGGUGGAGGAGACAGAGCGUUAUGUGAAGGUUUGCCAAGUAAACCUCGCAGGAAUUUAGCUCUCAUUACUUGGGGAGCAUACUUAGUCAGAUGCAGCAAACCUCUAAGGAUGCAUUACCUGAUUUUUUUCUUUGCGUUGUGUUUUGUAUGUAGUUAUAAAUACUGUAGAUUUUUGGGUGAUUUUUUUUGCCAAAGUUAUUGUUCUAUUUAUACAAUUUAAUGUCUUAAGACAGUUUUUCAAUCACAACAAAUAAACACAUAAAAGAAUUAAUGCAUAUUUUGCAAAAUGAGCUCACUACCUUUAAGAUUGCACAUGCCUGCAAAAUGAAUUAAAGAAAAAAAGCUUUUUUUAAAAAAGAAGAAUUUUGUAAAAUAUCCAUAUAAAUAAUGUAUUUAUCUUUGGAAUUUGUACAUUGCUUUUUCCCUGCAGCAUCCCAGUUUAUUUUAUUGUGUAUGUUUGCUAUGUGAAAAGUGCUAAUUUGUUUGGUCAUUCACAGGUGUAUUAGCUGUUUAAAUGUGAUUUUAAUACAAUUCAUUUAUAGGAUAUUUUAGUAAUUGUUUUAAACCAUGCUUCCAUUUUUUGUUUAAUUUCCACUCAGAAGCCAUUGUCUAUUUUUGUAUUAUUUGUAAGUUAAGAAAGUUUUUUUCCCAAUAUAUGGCAAAAAGUAGCAUAUUAUUCUUGUAGCAUUUAGUUACGUAGAUUUUAAAAAGUAUCCUUUGCUUUUGAAGCUUAUAAAAAAAUCUAAUGCUGUUUUACUCUAUUAAUAUGCAUGGAAUCUCUCCCCUUUGGAGUGACGCAUUUUUGUGCAUUAAAUAUGGGGAGAAACUUCAUAGAAAUCAAUGAAAAUACUUUCUUUCUUGUCGGCUUGUAUAUUUCUCUGUCUUUCACAUGAAUAUAAACCAGCAGAUUGGAUGCCUUAACAAUGCAAAUCAUAUUCAUUUCACUUGUACAUUGUACUGCGCACCAGAACUGUCAGUCAUCACUAACAUUCUAAGGAGAAAAAAAAGGAAUCUGAAAAGCACAAAAGAACUGUUUUGUUACCUUAAGACAAUGUGACUUUUUUCUAGCCGAGCUACAAUGCUGCAACUGUGCAUGCUUCCUGUAUGAAUUUUGCAAUGGAUUUCACUCAGAUACACUGUGUGAUCUUUUGGGAAGGGGAGUGGGGUGGGGAGGACAAAUUUUUUAAAAAAAUCCAUAAAGUUUUUGCCCCUAUAAAGUAAGACCACGCUUAUAUAUAAGAAACUGGAAAAUACAAGUAAUAUCAAUGUAUUGCUUCUCUGUAGUCCAAACAUUUAUUCUAAUUCGCAUGGUAAGCAAUGGCACUGCAAUGUAAUCAAAUUUAAAGCCAUAUUUUGUCCAGUGAUACCCUCCAUUCAGACAGAGUUGCACCUGUUUAGAUACUCAUAGGAAGUCAUAUACAUUUAUACCCCUUUCCUUCAAAGUCCAAAGAUCCUUUGACAAUAUGUAGAUUUUUUUCUCCAAGUAUUUAUAGUGUGCUGAUAAAAGGAAAUUUAUAUUUAAAAAUCUCCCUGCCCCAAAUAGAUCCUAUGACUUUUAUGUGAUUCUUAAAGAUGCCGCUCUUAACAGAAUAUGGCUUUAAGUGGAAAUGAUCAUGUUUCAGUCUUACAAAGUGAAGCCUCACAUUGGCUGAGUUGUGUGGAUGCUAUUUCCUCUCCAGUGUACCAGACCGCAUCUAAAAUGAAGUCAUCUCUGAAUCGACUAAUCUUUCACUUCUUAACUAAACCUUUUGGAAUAGACACACACACUGUACAGUUCUAUUGUUAGAGAAAACUAACUACUGUAGAGAUUGUUAUAAUUUUUUUGCAGAAAUUCAAGCUGUAAAAACUUUUCAACUUUCACAAUAUUUAAUUAAAGUUACU